CCCCAGCGCAGUGGACAGCGGGUCGGGCACUUCAAAGGUGCUUGCACUGCACCUCCAGGCUCCGCGUCUAGACUGCAGUCGGGUGAAAAGACGGGAGAAUCACUAGAAGAGCCCACAGUCCUUAAGCCACAGAGAAGGGGCGCAGCGUCUUGGGGCAGAGAGGAAUUCGCUCCGCACGAAACUUUGGCGGUCAGAGUCCUGAGUGGGGCGACCUCCCGGAGAGGGCACAGCAGUCCCCGCACCUCGCUCCUCGCUAGGCGCCACCAGCACCUCUGCAGCGUCAAGGAAGGGUCUCGGGUCAAGGACAAGAAUCUGUGGCCAUGGCUGAGGCUACCGAGCCAGAGGGUGGCGCUUCGGGUCCCCAGGGGCCGCCCGAGGACCCAGCGCUUCUGGCCGAGCGACCGGGCGAAGCCGGGGCCAUAGGACAGGAGGCGGAGGGGCGGGAGGCGAGCGAGGGCGCCGCGGAGGCGCCCGGGGGAGAGGGGGCGGGCGCAGCGGCGACAGCGGCCGACCAGGAGGAAGAAGGCGGCGGGUCGGACCCAGGGUGCACGGGGGAGCUGUCGCCGGGAGCGGGCAGUGGCCCCGGGACCGAGACGCGCGGCCCAGGGGGAGCGCAGACCGAGGCGGAGGAGGGCGAACCGCGGGGCGCAGAAGCUCCCCAGGGAGGGGAGGCGGCGGGCGGCGCCGGGCAGGUGGAGGAGGCGAGCCCGGAGCGCGGCGUGCAGGGCGAGGCUGCAGGGGAGGCUCAGGGGGCAUCCGGGGAGUCUGGGGAGUCCGGGGACCCCGGGAUCCCAGCGGCGCAGGAGGAGACGGAGCACGGGCUGGAGGCUCCGGGGGUCACCACAGACGCCCAGGGACUUUCGGGGGACAGCAUGGACGCCCAGGGGCUGGCGGGAGGGGCGCUAGAGGCAGACGGUGAGCUCCAGGACCAGGACCGGGAGCAACACAGUCCCCAGUCCCAGUCCGAGACCACUGAGGUCGCUGUCGCGGAAACCGGGGGGCCCAGCCCGGAAGAGUUUGCAGGAGCCAUGGGGGAGGUGGGGUCCGAAGAAGCGGUGCCUGGGGACGCGAAGGCAGAUGCUGGCGAGGAUGGGGACUCGGGUGGGGGCCAGAAGGAGAUGGAGGCGGAAGACGAGAGGCGAGAGCCGACCCCGAGCGAGGACGCCUCGGCAGUUGGGGGAGAGGAGGAGCCCCCGGACGGCACCCAGGAUCGGGAGGUGGCGGAGGAGACGGGGCCCGAGGGGCCCGAGGCCAAGCUCAGCAACCACCUGGAGGAGGAGGGCAGCGCGCAGGGCAGCGACGAGUCGGCGCGCCUGAACGGCCGCCCCGAGAACGACGAGGCGUCGGAGGAGGGGGACCCGGGGCAGGAGCACGACAUCACCCUCUUCGUCAAGGCCGGGUACGAUGGUGAGAGCAUUGGAAAUUGCCCAUUUUCUCAGCGUCUCUUUAUGAUUCUCUGGCUAAAGGGCGUUAUAUUCAAUGUGACGACGGUGGACCUGAAAAGGAAACCCGCGGACCUGCAGAACCUGGCUCCCGGAACGAACCCACCUUUUAUGAUUUUUGAUGGUGAAGUCAAGACGGAUGUGAAUAAGAUCGAGGAGUUCUUGGAGGAGAAGCUGGCUCCCCCGAGGUACCCUAAGCUGGGGCCCCAACACCCUGAAUCCAACUCAGCAGGAAAUGACGUGUUUGCCAAAUUCUCAGCAUUUAUUAAAAAUACCAAGAAGGAUGCCAACGAGAUGUAUGAGAAGAACCUGUUGCGGGCCCUGAAGAAGCUGGACAAUUACUUGACUAGUCCCCUGCCGGAUGAAAUCAAUGCCUACAGCACGGAGGAGGUGGCUGUUUCUGGGAGGAAGUUCCUGGACGGGGAUGAGCUCACGCUGGCCGACUGCAACCUCUUACCCAAGCUCCAUAUCAUAAAGAUUGUGGCCAAGAAAUACAGAGAUUUUGAAUUUCCUUCUGAAAUGACCGGCAUCUGGAGAUACUUGGACAAUGCUUACGCUAGGGAUGAGUUCACCAAUACGUGUCCCGCCGACCAGGAGAUCGAACAUGCGUAUUCAGAUGUUGCAAAAAGAAUGAAGUGAAACGGGGGUGCUUCCUGUCUUGUUUCUCAGAGGAAUGAGCUAGGUUUCCAAAAGAGCGUGUUUUCAUGCAUUUCCCUCAAUAACCAUCUUUUGCAAAGUAACGUCUAGAGCCAGACCCGCUAAAUGGCAAAUGAUACGUGGCCUCAUGAUUUGUCAACUCAUUGGCAAACUUUAAUAUGCCAGUACCUUUUGUUAAACACACCAGUUGCCUAGUCUAUAUUAAUUUAUAUCUUUGGCAUUCACUGACCUCAUAAUCUGUGACAUUUAGGGAAUGCACUUUGCAGUUGAAAGUUUCAAAGCAAAUUAGAUUUGGAUUCAGUUCUUUCAAAUUUUAAAGACUUGGUUUGUCUUUGAUACUUUUCAUAAUCAUAUGUAGUCGGUUUUUCUUAACUAUUAAUUUAAUAAUUAAGUAUUUUCAAGAUGAAGAUACUGUUUUUAUAAUGCAAAAAUGAUACCCUCUCGUUUUAAUGCUUCAAGAUAAUAUCAGAGAAUAUAAGGAAGGAAGUAAAAACGAUCUCCUAUAAUUUUACUCCACUUCAUUACUGAUACAUUAUUGGUGAACAUCUUUCAAAUUUUGUCUUCUGUGCACGUAGACAUGUGCGUCACACACACUUUCAUUCAUUUUAUAUGGUAUUGUGUUCAUUUUAAAGUCUUUCCUUGAUGGUCAGUCAUAGAGGACUUAAGACACACAAAAAGAUUCAACACUGCAGAGCUAGAGAGGACACUUUUGGUCCGAUUUUAAAGAGAUGGGGACCCAUAGAGGCUGUGGAGUCACCAGCUACCAAGAAUGAACCUCACUGUCUUGACCUCCGGGUGCUGCUGCCUCUGAUUCUAGUAGGGCCAUAGUAGGAGAAUGCUCAUGUGAGCCCUUGGUUCCCUUCCAGUACCUCCUUCUGCUCCGGCCCCUCUUGCAGAGACUGUGCCUUCACGGGGACUCUUCAUUCCAGCUGCAACUUGGAGACUCCCUGCCCUGCGCUGCACACCUUGGUUCUUUCUCAUGACUGUGCUCUCUAAGCUCCAACGCGGCCCUUCUUUGGUGAUGAUGCUGUGGUGGGGGCUAGCCCGGUCACUGUCCUUUCUCUGCUUUCUAAAUUUCAUUUAGAGGUCAGGCAGGGGAAACCCAGGGGAUUCAAUUCAUGGUAACUACUCUUGGGCAGUUCUGGUAAAUAGUCCAGUCAGGGAGGAAGUGGAAAUGAUUGACUCAGAGAGUUCCUGGGCGGUCUGUGGCUUUCUUUCCACCACCCUGUAACCAACACGCAUCACAGCUGUGGGUGUGGGGGGGGGGCUGCUGCGCCCCAGCCUCAGGCACAGAGGACAGAAUGGAGGGCCGCUUACAUACUCACAGUCCUUUCAGGUCUGUUGCCGGACAUUCACAUGCAUCUUGCAAAAACCCUUCUGGUACGGCUGGUUGUGUGUGGUGGAUGCUAAAAUGCUCGUCUUUCAUGCAUGCACCUGCUCUGUGGGUGAUUUGUUUGAAAGAGAAUAAAAUGCACUGAGGGUCACAACUUUAGAAUUUGGCGAAAAAUGUCUCAUUAAAAAAACAAAGCCUUCAAUAUGGUGGCCACUCUUUCCCCACUUACGGGAUGCUGGGAUCUCAUCCCAGAAGUCGGCUUUCUUUGUCAACCUUGAGUUUAUGGCGGUUGUGUCUAGAUGUAUCACCUUUGUCCAUGUUGUCCCACAGCUGUUAGAAAUCAGAUUUUUAAAUCUAGUUUUGUAAUGUGACAUGUCAACUUGGCAAAUGAGUAGACUACCGGUGUUACUAGUGCCUUUUAAUACUUCUAGAUGUUAAAGUGAUCAUAAACUCUGUGUGCCUUAAAAAUUAAACAGAUUAUAAAAACGUUUAAA